GUUCGAAGACUUCGUCACUGGCGGCCUAUAGGGAGCGGCCGGUCCGGGCCACGCAUGCGCGCUGUGUCACCUCCAUUCACAGAGAGAAGGGAGCGCGACCGGGGGGAGUCAGGAGGAGGAGGUGCCGCGCGUGACGUCACUGGCCGGCGGAGACCGAGAGAGACCGGCAGCUCCCACGUGACGCUCGCACCCGCCUCACCCCGGCAACCACCGCAGCAGCGACCAUGGGCGACGCCGAGAAGCUCAACAUCGACUCCAUCAUCCAGCGGCUGCUCGAGGUUAAAGGCUGUCGGCCGGGGAAGAACGUUCAGCUGUCGGAGAACGAGAUCCGGGGCUUGUGUUUGAAGUCUCGGGAGAUCUUCCUGAGCCAGCCCAUCCUCCUGGAGUUGGAGGCCCCGCUAAAGAUUUGUGGUGAUGUUCACGGGCAAUAUUAUGACCUUCUAAGACUGUUUGAAUAUGGAGGAUUUCCCCCGGAGAGUAACUACCUGUUCCUGGGGGACUAUGUGGACCGUGGCAAGCAGUCCCUGGAAACUAUCUGCUUACUGCUGGCUUACAAGAUAAAAUACCCUGAGAACUUCUUCCUUCUGCGCGGGAACCAUGAGUGCGCCAGCAUCAACCGCAUCUACGGGUUCUACGAUGAGUGUAAAAGACGAUAUAAUAUCAAGCUGUGGAAGACGUUUACAGACUGCUUUAACUGCUUACCCGUCGCUGCAAUUGUGGAUGAGAAGAUCUUCUGCUGUCACGGAGGCCUGUCCCCCGACCUGCAAUCGAUGGAGCAGGUACGAAGGAUAUUGCGUCCCACGGACGUCCCGGACCAGGGGCUCCUGUGCGAUCUCCUUUGGUCUGACCCAGACAAGGACGUCCUUGGCUGGGGAGAAAAUGACCGCGGGGUCUCCUUCACCUUCGGGGCUGAUGUUGUAGCAAAGUUCCUUCACAAACACGACUUGGACCUGAUCUGCCGAGCUCAUCAGGUGGUGGAGGAUGGCUACGAGUUCUUUGCAAAGCGACAGCUGGUGACGCUGUUCUCCGCACCCAACUACUGCGGUGAAUUUGACAACGCCGGGUCCAUGAUGAGUGUGGAUGAAUCGCUCAUGUGUUCUUUCCAGAUCCUAAAGCCUGCUGACAAGAAGUUGUUUGCUUAUGGGGGUGCAAAUCAGACCCGUCCAGUUACCCCGCCUCGAAACUCUGCCAAAAACAAGCAGAAGAAGUGACCCUUAGUGACACCUUCCGGCUCCCUCCCCAACCACCCCCACUCCCAAAUCCCUGACACGCUGACACUGACCUCCCUCCAGGACUCCUAGAAUCUAUCCACCCUCCCUCGGAGGUGGUAGAUCCUGCUGGGCCAGGAGACUCCAUGUUACCUCACACUGACACAAGGGGCUCGAGGGGAAGGGAUGAAGAACACCUGCUACAGGAGCCGUUUCUCUGCCUUAAUCUUUCGGAUGCGGCCGGUGGGAAGCGUUUUCCUUUGUUGGGACUGUCUCAGAAGCCGCUGGGUAAGGGAUGAAUAACUAGAUUCUCAUGGCGGUGCCUUUUUGCUGCAACGUGAUGACUCUACAGCACAUGUGACCUCAGGGUUCCAACAUUACCAUCUGCUCGUACGUCUGCAUUUCAUCCCGUGUCUGGACCCAAGUCUGGUGUAAGGGUGCGUCCAAACGCCCAGACGCAGUCUGGACUAGCCAGCAUCGCACGGACAAAUGUCUCACACGGUGUACGAUUCUCUAGAGCGCAGAUGGGCAUCGCUUGUGCAACCACAAGUCCCAGCACUUUUUACAUGACAUGCUGGUACUUGUAGUUUUGCACCUGCUGGAGAGUGGUAAGUUACCCAACUCUGCUCUAGAUGGAUAUUUGAGGGGGGGGGGGGGGGGUGCGUAUCAAGUAGUGUUAUAAUUCAAGAGCAGCCAUGAUGUCUAAUGGCAAGUGUCAGUGGUGCCAUCUUUGCUGAGGGCAUUCCCAUAUCCAUUAUGCGCUGCAACCCAGAAUAUGGCAACGGGAGUAUUUUUAGCCCAAAUAUCAAAAUGACGUAAAGCCAGCUGGAAAGUCACAUGUCGAUCAUCUAUUGAUCAUAGUCCCCCCAGCUUGUAAGGCUUUAUAUAUAGUCUGGCUGCCAAUCUCCCGAGUGACGGCGUCCUUUCUGUGACUGUAUGCAAAGUGCUUUCUCCAGUGACACCAGAUCCCCUGCAGGUGGCGUUCUGAGCUUCAGGUAGUAGUAUGGUAGCGGUGAGAUGUUACACUGGCGGAAGUACUGGAGACGGCAUUUUGGAAGCCGGCAUUAGACGGAACGGACCUCUGGCAAUUGGCCUUAUCAGGUAUUUGUGUUUCAAGAUUAAGGGUACAUAUUUUCAUACUAACGUGACCGUGUGUCUUCACUUGUGUGUACUGUACCAGUCCGCUAAAUAGAACUGUGCAACAACCACUAGAAAAUCAGAUUACUGCUGUAGUAUCUUGCACAGCCGCUGCGACUGAAUGCGGCCUUCCUAUAUCGCUGAACAUUUCACGGUUAAAGGUUACCAGUAGCAUACGCACAGCGCAGGUGGACAUCCUAGGGACCUAGUGACGUAACUGAGGUCUGGACGUUGCUAGCUGCCAGUGACCGGAUUGGCGGUUGCGCUAUGGCCGCCCGGCGUGUGGGUGACCGGUGCAUGGAAUACUUGUGCGUGUGUAUGCUGGAACCACGGAAACGGUUUCCUGAACUGCUGCUGUUUCCAUCCUAAAGAUUUCCUCUGUAAAUUCUUUUUAUUUUAUUUUUAACAGUUACUUUGUAGUCAGUGGACCAGCUGCGUGCGGUGAUGAAAUCUGUAUGUACUUUGUAUGUAAGGGAUCAUGUAUGUACAUUUUGAGAAAUACCCAUUAAACUUUGAUAAUUGAGAGGAUACAUUAGCUCUUUAUCUGCUCAGGGACAAAUAGAUAUGCUGACAUUUACAGUGAACUGAGUAUUAUAGGAGGUGAUGACUUGUAGCCCGCUCUGUUGGACUUUAUAUCCCACCAUCCUCUGUUACCGGCUAGAGAUGGUAGGGGUUGUAGUUCUGCAAGUGCUCUCCCUGCUGUACACUGAUCACAUACCUGUCCCGAACGGACAACAUUCCUGGAAGGAUGGACGCACUGGCUUGGCUGGAAUUGAGCGGGAGUAUAACUUUUUGUGUUUCUUUACCCUGUUGAAACUGAGCUCUGGCUUUUUAUUGAGAUCUUUUUAUCUUGUCCGAAAUGAAAUGAAUGUAGAAAUGA